AUGCUCACGGGUUUCAUUGGCCAAGAACUCACCGGGACACCCUCCUCAGGGUCUCCGUCUCCCACCACCACGGCUCCGCAACAGCCACCACCAGCGCACACUGCAAACACCCAAUCCGAUCUUCCCUCGUCGACAACCUACAUCCCGCUCCAGAGAAUCGUCAGCGAGGUCGACGCCGUCCACAACACGCUCCUCGUGGGGCUACUCAUUGCGUUCGUCGCCGCGAGCGUGGCGCUCGGCUGCCUGACGAUAUACUGCAUCCGGCGGCGCGCGCAGAAGAAGCUCCAGCGGACCUACCAGGCGGAGCUGCGCGGCAUUCAGAAGAAAGACGACGACGAGAGGGCCGCGAGCGGGGCAUGA